UAUGGCGAUCUUUGCCAUAAUUGAAACUCUACAAUCAAGAAAGUAUUGUAAAGCUAGUUAAGUACAGUACCUCAGCGCUCAACUUUCUGGCUAGCUUAUGAGUAGUGAUGUCUGAUAAAGUGUACAACAGUGGCGACUCUCCCGCUUCAGUGGGGCCUGCUGAAAUCAGUGACCAAGAAGUGGACAUACAAAAAGAACAAACAAACUCUGAUGAUGCCAAAGAUGUCAGUGAAAAGUCUAACCAAGACCAUACACCAACUGAGUCUCCCUCACAGAUAGAGGCUAGUGUGUCUCAAGAUCCUCCGUCCUCCUUCCAACUGGGUUCCCAAGACGGCCAAGAAGAUGUGUUUGCUGCAGACAGUGAUUCUGACAUUGAAAUAUUGGCAGCCAUCAAGGCAGUCACAAGAGAUGAAGAUUCUUCUCCUGUGAAGCAAAAGCGUCGGAUCUUGUCAGAUAGUGAUCUGGAGGAGGGCGGAGCUCAGGGAGAGGCGGAUGGGUCACCACCACCAACUAAGAAGAUUAGGGUGGAUGAUGAUAGUGGGAAUGAAGGCAACCAAGAUGAAGAGGAGGACUCAGUAGGGGAGGCGACAGAGAUCCAAGCAGAGGUGGAGGACCUGGAGAGUGUGGGUGGAGCUGAGAUGGCAAGAGAGGAGAUGGUCGGUGGGGAGGAAGAGGGGUCAGAUGAGGAGCCAGAUGACAACAUAGGUGGUACCAGUGGCAUGUCUGACUGGGACAUCAUGAUGCAACGUCGGAAGGACGCCAUGGCUAGUGCUAGGAGAGCCAGACGUAAGAGAGACGGUGGUGAUGACUUGAGUAAUGAUGAACACAUCGCUGCCAUGAUUGGACAAAUGAAAAUGGCUGCCGAAGAUGAUAGGCACUUGAACAUGGAGAGGAAAGCUGCCACCAAAAAGCUGCAAAUGUUGCCAACAGUUGUGGCUCACCUUAAAAAAGUUGAUCUUGUUAGUGCUUUCCUGGACCAGGACAUACUCUCUGCUCUCUCCGACUGGGUAUCUCCCCUGCCUGACCACUCACUCCCUCAUCUCAAGAUUAGAGAGAGCGUUAUAGAUAUACUGAGAUCCGUAAGUGUAGUCAUGUGUUUAUUCAAGUAUGAGAUUGUUUUGUUCCCACAGUUCCCUAUACCAGACUCCAGUGUCUUGAAGCAGAGCAAAAUUGGCAAGGCUGUGAUGCUCCUUUAUAGACAUCCCAAAGAAACGAGAAAGAACAGGGAGAAAGCUGGCAAAAUCAUCAAUGAGUGGGCUCGACCUAUAUUUGGACUGGCUUCUGACUUUAAGUCCCUGACUAGAGACGAGAGAGAGGAGAGGGACUACGCCCACCUCUCCCAAUCCAAAAAGACAAGACUCAGUAGUGGUGAGAGAAGACCCUCACAGGAUGAUGAUUUUGAGGCACCACAGAAGCCUGGAGACAGGGGAUGGGUGGGAAGAGCUCGUGUGCCAAUGCCCUCUACCAAUGACUAUGUAGUGAGACCUAAAUGGAAUGUGGAUCAGAAGUUGCCUAGGAAGACUUCUAAGAAAGUGAUGAACCGAUAUGAAAAGCAGAUACAGAAAGAUAAGCAGAGGAAAACACAAAACAAGACCACACAUGCUGUGUCAAUCAGUGUUGAGGGUCGGAACAUGCCUCUUUGAACGAACUUCUCAUAAUGAACUUCUUUAUAAUGAAACCCUCAUUUAUUGUUACGCUCAAAUAUAGUAUGUAUGCACGGUUUCUUGGUCUUUUGUAUAAUCUUUUGGCAAAUUCAUCAGAUUUUAUAAUUGUC